UUCGCAAAAGAGUCUUCCUUUUUUAUUGCAUAAACAAAUUCAAAGCAAAUCACGCAACCCCAACAUCACACUCUCUCUUGUAUUUUCCCACUUCCUCUUCAAAACCCCUCAUUUUUUUUUCUUCUCAAGAGAGAGAGAGGUGGGAGAAAAGUGAGGUGAAAGUACUAAACAAAAGGUUCAGCCCCAGCUGGGUUUCUUUUGUUUUUCCUGCCACUGCCCCCUCCAUCUCUAAUCAUACAAGCAUAGAAUAAAGGGCAACAAGGGGGAAGGAACAAGAAUAACAAAAAGAACCCUCCAUCUCCAUUGCCUUUGGUUGGUUUAAGCUCUUUUUCACAGAGGGGGUGGUUGGGGUUAUUGUUCUGUUCCAUGGUGGAAAUGGGGUUGGGGAAGCUCCAAAUGUGGAAUGUGAUAGUGGUGAUUUUCUGCUUAUUUGGUGUUUUUUCUGUUGAGGCCUCUGUUUCCUAUGAUUCCAAGGCUAUUAUCAUUAAUGGGCAGAGGAGGAUUCUCAUUUCAGGAUCCAUUCACUACCCAAGAAGCACUCCUGAGAUGUGGCCAGAUCUUAUUCAGAAGGCUAAGGAGGGAGGUCUAGAUGUGGUCGAGACCUAUGUCUUCUGGAAUGGGCAUGAACCUUCACCUGGCAAAUACUACUUUGAGGGGAACUAUGAUCUGGUUAAGUUUGUCAAGCUGGUGCAGCAAGCUGGCCUUUAUGCUCAUCUCAGGAUUGGUCCUUAUGUUUGUGCUGAAUGGAACUUUGGUGGUUUCCCUGUAUGGUUGAAGUACAUUCCUGGUAUCAGCUUCAGGACGGAUAAUGGGCCUUUCAAGUUUCAAAUGCAAAAGUUCACCACGAAAAUUGUGGGUAUGAUGAAAGCAGAGAGGUUAUAUGAAUCUCAGGGUGGUCCAAUAAUUUUAUCUCAGAUUGAGAAUGAAUAUGGACCAAUGGAAUAUGAGCUCGGUGCACCAGGAAAAGCUUACACGAACUGGGCCGCACAAAUGGCUCUGGGACUUGGUACCGGUGUCCCAUGGGUCAUGUGCAAGCAAGAUGAUGCCCCAGAUCCUAUUAUUAACACCUGCAACGGUUUCUAUUGCGAUUAUUUCUCCCCGAACAAAGCUUAUAAACCCAAGAUGUGGACAGAAGCCUGGACUGGAUGGUUUACUCAGUUUGGAGGUGCAGUUCCUCAUAGACCAGCAGAAGACAUGGCCUUUGCAGUUGCGAGGUUCAUUCAGAAGGGAGGAUCAUUCAUUAACUACUAUAUGUACCAUGGCGGAACAAAUUUUGGACGAACUGCUGGUGGUCCCUUCAUUGCCACUAGUUAUGAUUACGAUGCUCCUAUUGAUGAAUAUGGCUUAUUGAGGCAACCUAAAUGGGGUCAUCUGAAAGAUCUGCACAGAGCAAUAAAACUUUGUGAGCCAGCUCUCGUGUCUGGAGACCCGAUCGUGACACGACUUGGGAAUUAUCAAGAGGCCCAUGUAUUCAAAUCGAAAUCUGGCGCUUGUGCUGCAUUCCUUUCGAACUACAACCCAAGAUCCUACGCAACGGUGUCUUUUGGUAACAUGCACUACAACAUUCCACCUUGGUCUAUCAGCAUUCUUCCGGACUGUAAAAAUACAGUUUAUAACACUGCAAGGGUCGGUGCCCAAACGGCGAGAAUGAAUAUGUCCCCUGUUCCGAUGCAUGGAGGCUUCUCAUGGCAGGCGUACAAUGAAGAGCCAGACUCUUACAAUGACAAAGCAUUUACUACAGUUGGGUUGUUAGAGCAGAUAAAUACUACAAGGGAUGCCACUGAUUACUUGUGGUACUCGACAGAUGUUCAUAUUGAUGCUAAUGAAGGAUUUUUGAGGAGUGGAAAGUAUCCUGUUCUUACAAUCUUGUCAGCUGGCCAUGCUAUGCACGUUUUCGUUAACGGUCAAUUGUCAGGAACUGCAUAUGGAAGUUUAGAUUUCCCAAAGCUUACAUUUAGCAAGGGGGUGAACUUAAGGGCAGGGAACAACAGAAUUGCACUUCUAAGUAUUGCAGUCGGUCUCCCGAAUGUUGGUCCACAUUUCGAGAUGUGGAACGCUGGCGUUCUUGGCCCGGUUAAUCUGAACGGUCUCAACGAGGGCAGAAGAGACUUGACCUGGCAGAAAUGGACCUACAAGAUUGGUUUGGAUGGAGAAGCAAUGAGUCUUCAUUCCCUCAGUGGAAGUUCCUCUGUUGAGUGGAUCCAGGGAUCGCUCGUUGCUCGGAGGCAACCGCUAACGUGGUUUAAGACUACUUUCAAUGCUCCUGCUGGUAAUUCGCCCUUGGCGUUAGAUAUGAGUAGCAUGGGGAAAGGACAAAUAUGGUUAAAUGGCCAGAACAUCGGGCGGUACUGGCCUGCUUACAAGGCAUCUGGUUCUUGUGAUUACUGUGAUUACACUGGUACAUAUAAUGAGAAGAAAUGCUCAAGUAACUGCGGCGAGGCGUCUCAGAGAUGGUAUCAUGUUCCCCGUUCUUGGUUAAACCCGACAGGCAACCUGUUGGUUGUGUUUGAAGAAUGGGGUGGAGACCCGAACGGAAUCUCUCUGGUCAGAAGAGACGUAGACAGCGUAUGUGUCGAUAUCAACGAGUGGCAACCAACUCUAAUGAACUGGCAGAUGCAAGCCUCAGGUAAAGUCAACAAGCCCCUGAGGCCAAAGGCUCAUCUGUCCUGUGGCCCGGGCCAAAAGAUUUCGUCGAUCAAGUUCGCCAGCUUCGGAACCCCGGAAGGUGUAUGCGGGAGUUUCCGGGAGGGAAGCUGCCAUGCUCACCACUCAUAUGAUGCUUUCCAAAGGAACUGCAUCGGACAGAACUUCUGCACGAUAACGGUGGCGCCGGAGAUGUUCGGGGGCGACCCGUGUCCAAACGUGAUGAAGAAGCUCUCGGUGGAAGCCGUGUGCAGCUGAUGAAGAUAUGGAAGUGUGGAAUGAAAAGUGUAGAAUGCAGGAAACACAGUGAUUCAUUUUGGGUGGAUUCUCUUCUCUCCAUUGGUGAAGUUGUACAAAAUAUACGACAGACUGAUGGAAGAGAGGGAUAUGGAGAUUGAGAAUUAUGAAUGUGGAGAAUUUAUGUGUAAAUAGUUAGCUGUUUUUAGUUGGCAUUAUAGAAAUUAAGUUGGAAGAAUGGGAAAUUAUUAUUGGAUUGGAAGUUUGUAUGGGUCAAAGAAGCACAUUGAGGUUUUGAUUAUUGAAUCCAUGUGCUUCUGUUUUUUCUUCUUUUAAAGUUGUUGAUGAAAUGGAAGCCUCUGGCUUCUGUUAAAUUGUAUUCUUGUCAUUUUUAACUUCAUGGGAAGUAAAUUGUUCAUCAA